ACUGGUCAAGAUGAGCAGCAUGUGGAGCAACGGAUGGAGAAGAGCGCAGUUGCAAAGCCGGCGGAGGCCGUACGGAAUGAUGGUGGGGACCGCGGCUGUCGUUGGUCAGGUGGUAGUGGGACGAUCACGAGGCAUGCGGAAGAUGCGAAGAACUCUUUGCCUGUCGUCCAGGGGCAGAUUUCGGAGGACGGUUGUGGUAUUGGACUGUGCGUGAAUGUGGAGGACGAUGAUUGCCUGCCAAUAAGUAACGUUGGAGCCGAACAAGAUUGCCAAGGGAGCUGGGGCAAUGGGAGCGUCGAGAGGAAUGGCAGGGCCAUGGUGCAUGCAAGUGGAAGGAACGGCGGAGCCAAUUUUGACGACGGAAAGGAUGGGAAGGACAUCGGCGGAGCCAAUGCUGCUCAGGGUCGUGCAGACGUCUUGAGUUAUCGUGCCGAUGAUCUGCCAGGGCGGGAGAAGAUGAGCCUGAUAUCGGCGUCAUCGGGAAAUGAAGUCGAUGGGGGAAGCAGCGAGGGGAGAGGAUGUCUCCUGGAAGUAACCCAGGGAAGUGAUCUGGGCACACAGUGCAGAACGAACGCGCGGCGGCAAUUGAAGGAGAGGGAGGACGAGGUGGUUGAAAUCCGGGUCGACCCGUGUAGCCAUCGCCGAGCUAAUUCCCUCCAACAAGAAAUGCGAACAGUUUGUCUGCCUGCCGGCAACGACUUCUUCCUCCACGAGAACUACACGGAUGCACAUGGACCGAUUAUUUCCUGUAGCCGCUUGGGGAGCUUUGCAUCGGUGAUGUCAGCAGACACCAUCUGCGAGGAAUUGACGACUUAUGUCGGUGGUGGGUUCUGAAACGAAGCCUUUCCUAUCCCUUUUUACACUUCGCUGAAUCUCUCUGAGUCAUUGCUUGGCGACCUACCGUCCUCCUCACCCGAAUAGAACGCCAGGUCAUUAUAGCUGUAUUUGGUGCAACUCUCAGUCUGGAUACAGUCAAAAUAACCCGGCGUUUGAUUCUGGUGAAGACGGGUGUAGAUAAUAGCAAGAAUUCUCUCCUCCUUUUGUUGCUGACCACCUGGUAGAGUGCGUGCGGGUGGUGUUUGUUGCGUGGCUGAAGUUAAAUAUGGUAUUCUAGUAAUAAAUUACUAAUAAUUUA